UUUUAUAUGAUUUCAAUAACUUUUCAAAAGGUCGAUAUUACACGCCAUUUUAAUUUAGAAAUUAAAGAGACAACAGACAUUAAAAUUUUUGGUGAAAUGGUAAACUUACUGCAGUGGGUUUUAAUAACACUAAAUAUUAUUGUUGUAACUGGCAAUGAAGGCGUAAAGAAGAUUGAUUUGACAAUAGAUGAGGUUGGAGAGUCAUUCGCGAAUGGCACAAAAUUGAACAAUGGCAAAGAAAAUGAACGUCCUACAAACAGAAAGUUGUUUUCGUGGUUAGGUAGUUUAAUGAGUAAUAUGGGAGAUAAAAUUUCAGAAAAGGUUGAUAAAAUUAUUAAAAAACAAGAAAAAACUGUAAAAGAAAUUUUAGAAAAUAUUAACAAUUUAGAAUAUGAUCAUAUUGAAGUCGUGGGAUCGCCAGGCAUCAUCAGUAUACAAUCCAGUGAUCCUCAUAAUAGAAAUUUUCGAAUUUUUACAAACAUAACAGGGAAGCUAAACGGAAAUAUUUAUAUAAAUGGUGUAAAGUGGGGGAGGGAUGAAAACAAUCAAUGGACCACGGAAAAAAAUGGUAACACCCCUGAUGAGGCAAGCGAUAUUGAACAAGACAAAGAAUAUGAUAGUACCACUUCAUCGGCCAACGCUACUGACACAAACGAUGAAUAUAAUGCCGAAUUCGAGAUAAUACACCCUGAAACACAAUACAAUGUAUCCGUUGAAUAUACACAAAACAAUACAAAUAUACAGAAAAACUAUACCGAUAUAAGAAUUUAUCCUUUCGACACGUGGCGCUUAAGAAAACAAGUCAAUAAUAGUCAAACUGGGAAAAUUAUAAGUGACACUGUAGAAAAUGUUAAUGUAAACGAUCUUAUAGAAAUCGUGGAGUCGCCAGGUAUGAUCACUGUAAAAUCCAGAGCACCUCAUGAGAUAUUUUUUAAAACGUUUACCAAUGUAAAAGGAAACUAUGAAUAUAUAAAUAUUCACGGUGUAAAGUGGGCCAGAGGUGAGAACAAUCAAUGGACCACGGCUAGAAGCGAUGCUGUCGAAACAAAAAAUGCUGCUGAUGAGGCAAGCGAUAUAGAACAAGAGAAAGAAUACGAGAGUACCACUUUAUCGGCCAACAUUACUGACACAAGCGAUGGUAAAGAUGACUUCGAGCAAGUUAUUGACGGCGAGACUGAGGAAGAACGAAUAGAAAGAUUUAAAAAAAAGUUGUUCCCCGAUGGACACCCUCGUAGUAAGGUAAUUACUUAUACCUACUAUACAGGGCAAUGAAGGUACUUCUGAGCCAGGAAAGCUUGUGAUCCAAGUCUUUGUUAUCCUUAACGUACUUGAGAAGAUAAAAUAAUCUUUAAUUUUACUAGAAUACAUUUUAAUAAAGGUGUCCAUACUACUUAUGCAGAGGUAUUUUUUUACUUUUUUAAACGGCAAUCAAACAAGAAACAACCUUGCAGAACUUUAAGGUACUACAAUGUGAAUGUUUCUAUGAUUUUGGGGGGUAGU